CACAAGCAUUUUCUUCUUCAGUUCAUUAUUCAAAAACCGUCAAGAAAAGAGAUAUGAUGAAAGAAGCCAUGGAUCAGAGGUUUUCAAGUUGCCGAGGUGUGUCCUUUGAGAUCCAGCCCCAUAAGGAUCCAUUCGCCAUCGAUACACCUCCGGCUAGCCGAGACUCUUGGCUUCAAUGGGGAUCUUCAAAAAGAAUCGUACCAACUUCAGGUACCAUUAUUUUACGGUCCACUAGUCGAGCCAGCAGCCAUUUCUGUGAUGUCGAAACCGCAGAUGAAGAUGACGACGGCAACGUAAUGAUCAACUUAGAAGAAGGCUACGAGUUAGACAAUCACUGUGUGCUACCAUUCUCAAAUUCAGCUCCAGAACAAGAACUCCCAAAAGCUCUGAGCAAGAAGGUUGUAUCGAAGCCAACUAAACCGAAAGAGUCUCGAUUGUCCGUGAUCUUGCUCGAUCAAGGCUUGUUCACGGUGUAUAAGAGACUCUUUAUGGUUUGUUUGGCUCUUAAUAUUACCGGGUUAGUUCUUGCUGCCACAGGACGUUUUCCGUAUGCUAGAGACAAUGCUACCCUUUUCUCUAUAGGCAACCUUCUUGCUCUAACACUAUGUCGAAGUGAAGCCUUCUUACGCGUAGUGUUUUGGCUCGCGGUUAGCCUAUUUGGCCAUUCUUGGGUGCCCUUACGCCUCAAAACCGCUACCACCUCUUUACUUCAAUCUUUAGGCGGGAUACAUAGUAGUUGUGGCGUUUCUUCGGUCGCUUGGCUUACAUAUUCUCUAAUUCUUACCCUUAAAGAUAGGGACAACACGUCAAAUUUGAUAAUCGGCGUUGCCUCCACCAUCCUCUCACUUCUCUGCCUUUGUUCCCUGGCUGCCUCUUUGAUACUUCUUUGGGCAUUUAUCGUGCUGACAAAGUCAUAUGAACCAGAAACAAAAUCAUACAGGAAAGACAUGGGAUCAAAAUUGGUUAAGGAGCAAGUUUUCUGGUUAACCUUGGUUGUAACCAUUCUAAUCAUCAUCCCGUGGGUGACAGUGAGGCGGGUUGCAGUCAAAGUCUCCGCACCAUCUGGUCAUGCCUCAAUAAUAAGGUUCGCGGGAGGAGUGAAACCUGGGAUACUAGGUCGGAUUAGUCCUUCCCCUAUGUCCGAAUGGCAUGCUUUUGGGAUCAUUUCAGAUGGAAAAGAAGAGCACAUGAUGCUAGCUGGUGCCGUUGGUGACUUUACAAAAUCACUAGUGUCGAACCCUCCAAGCCAUUUAUGGGUUCGACAAGUCCAUUUUGCGGGUCUACCUUAUCUAGUCAACAUGUACAAUCGUGUUUUGGUGGUGGCAACCGGUUCUGGUAUUUGUGUAUUUCUGUCCUUCUUACUACAACAAGGUCCAGCGGAGGUGUGCUUGUUGUGGGUGGCAAAAGGGAUUGAACAAAACUUUGGGAAAGAAAUUAAGGAGUGGGUGAGUAGGUAUCCAAAGGAGAAGGUGAUAGUUCAUGACACUGCGGUUAUGGGGCGGCCUAAUAUUUCGGAGAUGAGUGUUGCAGCCGCGAGGAGCUGGGGUGCAGAGGUGGUGAUUGUAACGAGUAACCCUGAAGGUAGUCGGGAUGUGGUGGCUGCUUGUAAGAGUAAAGGGAUCCCAGCUUUUGGUCCCAUUUGGGACUCUUAGCUAGAAAAAAAAUUUACCAACUAGUGGCUUGUAAUGUUCAUUGUUCGACGUUCUAUGGGUCGAAAGAUGAUCUCUAGCAUGUUUGGUAUCCAAGAGACUAACAAUAACAAGCUAAUUACGUCCCCUGACAUACAGACUUUCAAUGCAUGGUGUAUCUACCUGUAAACAUAUAAGUAUGGUUUAUAUAUGAAAUGUAAUAUUGAUGGUUUAUAAAUGG